AGGCAGCGCUUCCACUUCCUGGCCCCGCGAGUGCAGCGCGGUCCCGCAGCAGCAGCAGCUGCCUCCCGCUGAGCCCGCACCCGCGGCACUAGCCCUGCUGCAGCCCCAGCUGAGGCUCCCGGGGCGCCGGCCAGCGGAACGGUUCCCUCCCCGCGCCCUAGCGCGGCGGCUCGGCAUGGUGGUGCAGCAGCUGCUGCGGGCCGUGAUCAUGGGCCCGCCGGGCUCCGGCAAGGGCACCGUGUCCUCCCGCAUCGUCAAGCGCUUCGCCCUGAAGCACCUCUCCAGCGGGGACCUGCUCCGGGACCACCUGCAGAGAAGGACAGAGGUCGGUGUCAUUGCCAAGACCUACAUCGAUCAAGGGCAGCUUAUUCCAGAUGACCUCAUGACACGGCUGAUGUUGAAUGAGCUGAAAAAUCUACACCGGUACCACUGGCUGCUGGAUGGUUUUCCCAGAACAGUUCCACAGGCAGAGGCUUUGGAUGAAACAUGUCAGAUAGAUACUGUGAUUAACUUGGAUGUGCCAUUUGAGACCAUUAAACAACGGCUCACUGCACGCUGGAUCCAUCCUGCUAGUGGCAGAGUCUACAAUCUUGAAUUCAAUCCUCCCAAAGAUGUUGGCCUUGAUGAUAUUACCAGAGAGCCACUUGUUCAGCGUGAUGAUGAUAAGCCAGAGACUGUUACCAAGAGACUGAAGGCUUAUGAGGCACAGACAAAGCCUGUUCUGGACUAUUACCGGAAGAAAAGUGUACUGGAAUCUUUCUCUGGAACAGAAACCAACAAGAUCUGGCCAAUGGUGCAUGCUUUCCUCCAAACCAAAUUACCAGAAGUGAGCCAGGAGGAAGCUGCCCCACACAGAUGAAGUUGGAUCUUUAUUGAUAAGCACAAGCUACCGGCUGUCUCCAUUUUCAGAGUGAUUCUGUCCAGAAUGUUAGAAACUUGCAAAAAUUCAUGGUUUUGUUUUACAUGCCAAAUGGAUCAGUAGCUAAGACCUAAUUUCAAACUGUCACCCCUCAGCUUUUCAACUUUGUGCAUUCAGAUUUCACUUCUCUCUACUAAUUUUAAAGCUGUAUUUUUAUAUUAAAUUUACCUAAUUCUUGUAAAAUAGUGACUAAUUGUAAUAAAAGCAACUAAAGUUUUA